CCGCGUGCGUUCUAAACCGGCGGCAGAAUAUACCGCGCGCGCGGGCUACUAGAGAUUUGAGUAGUGAGCACGUUCAGUUUUCGUCUGAACGCGCCGCGUGCCAGUGUUCCCCUCCGCCGAAGACUGUCUUUUAUAGGAUUUCUUCUUUUUGCCUAGCCAACGAAUUAAGUUCUCUUCUCUCUCAAGAUGAAACUUACAACGUAAUCUAUUUCUUAACAUGUGCAACGGAUAGAAAAUUCCCGACAGUUAAUUUUUUUCGCCUACGUGUAUAUCCAAAUAUUUGUUGUAUCGAUUUCUCCGGGUUUUCUGACAUUUUUUCGCUCACGAUGGCUGCACGGAUGAACUCGAAUUGGAGUUUCAAGAUUUUCGCAGUGACAGCUAUUGUAGCGAUCGCGGGCUGCGCUUCGCAAACCAUUCAAAUAACGCCAAACGAAGAAGAACCGGUAAGGGAAGAACUGUCGAAAUACGGUGUGACGUGCCACGGUCCGAACCUCAGCGAAUUCCAAUGGCGAGGUCCGGCGGGUAUAAUAUCGCAGAGCUCUCAAUUCAGGGUGCAUUCGCAGAAGUUGCCGAUGCUGCGGAACCAGACCGGACUUCUGUUGGUGUUCGAGACGGUCAAAAUGGAGGACAUGGGUGUGUACUUUUGCACUGCAACCGGCAUGGACGGACGUGGUCAUACCGUUAGAAUCACGCUGACCGUGACCAAAAUUGUGGAAUUCGAUACGCCCGUCGAGCAGACCACUAACGAGUAUACCGACUUCUUCAUCACUUGCAGGGUGAAAGGCACCACGAACCCCACAUUUAUGUGGUCGUACAACGGUCAGACGUUAAAAGAAAAAACGACAAGCGGAAAGUAUUCGGUCAUCGAAGGUGGGCUGAUGGUGCGGAACACGACACGCCUGGAUUCGGGUAAAUACACGUGCAGAGCUUUCGAGACCACUAACAAGUCAAGUGUUUCCGGAAGUAUCGAAAUCGAAUUAAAAGUCAGACACAAACCAGAAUUUUUGAGCUACAUGGAAGGCGAUCCCGUUGACCUGUACGUGUUCCAAUCGGACUCGGUUAAUUUAACGUGUCAGAAUUCAGCCGAACCGGCGGCAAAGAUGACGUGGAGUUUCAACGGAAAACUCUUCAUUAACCCGGCCGACCACUAUAUCGUGACGUUCAACAGACCGGAAAAGUUGGGAUCGUACACGUGCACGGCCGCGAAUAAUUUGGGCAAAAUCACCAGACGGUUCAACCUAAUCGAAGGGUUCAAGCCGAAAACGCCCAAAGGUCUGACGGCGGCGCGUGUCGGCGACAACUACAUCGAACUGCAAGUGGAUCCCAACGACAAAGAGGACGAGUUGAUUGGCUACAGAGUCGAGUACGUGACGAGAGUCGUGAAACCCAGCGGAAAUACUUUCGAAAGUUUCGACAUGAUGAACUUCAAUACUACCGAAGGUCCUUUUGCACUAGUCAACCUCAAGCCGAACACCGAAUACAUAGCGAAAAUCCUGGCAAGGAACCGGGCCGGUAACAGCGAAUACACCGGAACGAUCGUGGUGCGGACUUCGCCUGAGAUCGUCAACAGCGGCGCAGUGGCGGCCCUCUCCGGCGGGUUCCUCCUCGGACAGCUCCUGACCGUCGUCGCUGGCGCCGGCACCUUGUUCGCGGCCAGACUAUAAACGCCGCCGAUCCAUAAUAUACAAACAGUCGCAUGAUAUUAGAUCUAUGUAAUAUUAUACACGUACAGCCUUCAUAGAUCUAUUCAAAAGCUUCUAUGUAUAGGACUAAAAAAGCCAUCAUCGCGAUAAUAAUAUAAUAGAUCUUCUGUCUUAUCUUUCUAUAAUAUACCUAAUAUAAGUCAUAUUAUACAGCCACCACCGCUCCGGUAUAACGCAAUAAUAAUAUUACGUGGUCGUCCACUCGUCGUUAUGGUUUUAUCGGGGCACACGAUUCCCCCCGGCCGCUUCUUUUAUUUUUAUCGUAUAUAAAUUAAUAUUAUAAUGUUAUGAUAUUUAUGUGCAUGUCGCUUGUUGUCGUCGUGAAAUCGAUACAAUACCUAUAACUACUGUCCUAGUCCUUUUACUCUAUAUUAUGAUAUAAAAUAUAUUGUCUGUAUCGAAUGCGCUCGGACAAAUAAUGAUAACACUCCAUAUAUAUAUACGCGAUGGUGGCGUUCCAAUAACAUUGACACACUUUUCUAGGUACUAUACGUCAUAUUAAACGCACACACACACACACACACGCGUGUAUAUAAAAACCAAAACUCACGUUCGACGUGUAUAUUAUCUCUUUCAAAUGAUACGUGAACAGUCACACAGACCCACACACACACAGAUACGCAGACAACACUGACACACACGAGCGAAGAUUUGGCUUUUGUCGCAGUCCAUUUGUCGGCGACGGCUGUGUGUAAUAUUCGCGUGUUCGGUGGAGAGUGAGAGUAAAAUAAUAUGUCCACGCCGCCGCCGCCGCCGCCGCAGUGCGCAAAACAGUGUGUUUAUAUUAUUAUACGACACACACACGCCCGUCAUUCCGAAAUAAUAAUAAUAAUAUUGCCGUUAUUAUUGUUGCGUCGACAUAUUAUUAUUUGUUUCUUCGCAGACGACGACACAGUCUCCGCUUUUGCAGCCGCCGUUAAAAUACGUCGUCGUAUCCCACUGCGCAGCGACAGGUAUAAUAUUUCGAAAAAUAAAAAAUUAAAUUAAUAUAAAAUCAUUUACGCGCUUAAGGUUUUUUCGUCUUAUCCGUAAUAACGCAUUACGUUACUGUAAAUAUCUAAAUACCAUAAUACUAUAUUAUUUUAUAUUAUAUUUUACGUGUACUCUAGUGACGAUAAUACCUAUAAUAUUAUAGAUAGGCGUAUGGAUAGGAUUAUAUUAAUAUAUUAUUAUAAUAAUACAUACGCGCAUGUUGUUCGAUUAUGAUAAACAUUGGAUUUAAAAAAAAACAACUCCUAUUCGAUGUACGUAGUGGUAUAUAAAAAUAAUAUAAUAUUACCGGAGCUGCGUAGUUAUAUAUAGUCUUCGUGCAUAUUAUAACAUGAUCGCGCAUUGUAUGCGAGUGAUGUAAAACGUAUCAAAUAAUAUUAUAUUAUAUAACAUUGAUUAUUAUUAUUAUUAUUAUUAUUAUUGUAAAAUACGUAUGUUAAUAUUAUUACCACUACUUUAUAUUAUAUUAUUAUAAUAAUUAUAACCAUAUUAUGGCCUAUUAUUGUUUUAUGUACUUGCGACUCGAGAAUAGGCGCCACACCCUCGAAAAGGAAAACGAUUACUGCAUACUUACCUGUAACAUAAUAAUACCUACUCAUAUUAUUAUAUUAUAUACAUUAUAUACGUGCGAUAAAAAUGAAAAAGAAAAACGCUUGACGUGAAAAUAUAUUGGCUUAUGCAAUUUCGUAUAUGCGCAUAAAUAUAUGACACGCCGCGCCGGCGCAUGAUUUAUUCGGUUUCUAUACAUUUUAUUUUUUUCCCUCGGUUUUUAUCAUUUUAAUAAUAAAGUGUACACUCUGUGACACACCGUGUGGCCGCCGCCUUUACAAUAAAACGGUUUUUACGACCAGAAUCUGACGUCGAGAACAACAUAAUAUACUUUGAAUAUUUAUUAGGUAAGUCCUCCCUGCCCCGCUGGCCGUUUCCCCCCGCGCAUUUUUGGAUAUAUUAUUAUUAUUAUUAUAUCCAAGCCACUACGACGAUGUCCUUGCGAUUCGACAGACGCCGCCCCGUACCAGAUUUUCGUCUGACCGAGCCGCGCCAAAGUACGCGUCUUCGAUGAGGGGUAGUGGUGUGUGUGUGUGGGGGGGGGGGGGGGGGGUUGAGGGAUUUCGCCGUACCUUUAUUGCACUCCUCGAUCGCGAGUGCGGCGGGCUAAAGACCUUUACAUGUUAUAUGACUGCGCGGGACGACGUUUUAGAUCCCGCCGAGUGGAACUUGUAUUUUUAUCUUUUCUUUUUUCAUUUUUUUUUUUUAUCUUGACGUCGUCUUCCCCUCGCCGUAAUAAUAUAAUAUAAUAUAUACCUUUAUUUUUGGUCCUUAAAACGCCGAAUUCCUCGUAGUAAAUAAACAUCGGUUAACAUAAAAUAUCAUAUAAUUUAUCCAUAUACACGCAGCGUAUUUUUUUUUUAGAACAUUAGAUAAUAAUGUUUAUUGUGCACCCGUGGAUAUACCUAAUCUCUUCUGAACGAGAUAUCGUUUUUUAUUUCUCUAUCAAAUACCUCUAUUACUCUGUAUCGUGUGUCUUUUGAUCAGGUUCGAUCGCGAUUUUUGUUUCGAACAUUUCCCCGUGAUAAAUCAAAACAUUUCCGUUGAAAUGAGCCUGCACUGUUUUAAUCGUCAACUUCUGUUGCUAUAUACCGAGUGCAUGAAAUUCUCUGAAGUUUAAAAAUAUAUUAUCCUUCUACGAAAAGUAUUUUUUUUUUGGUAUCAUUAUCCAAAAGGACUAUUGUGUUUGCUCGAAACCCUAAAUUAAGAUAUUUUCCCCCCUCCAUCCGCGAAGACAGGCCUUGGCGUGAAUACUGAAUUGGCACCGCUGUAUGUGUACUCCCAACGCUCUGACAUAGAUUUCGGAAAGAGCUCUAGAAAAAUCGAGUCAAAUCUUCUUACACGUUUUGGUAAAUUACGACGAUCCAUACGGAAAAAAAAUGUAUAAUUAAGUGAAUACAUCGUAUCCGGGCACGUCCAUAAUCACAGACACUUGAAUCUUAUCAUUAUAUGCGAUGGCCGUGUAAAUCCGUGUCAAAAUGUGAUCAAUGAUCAAACAUUUAUCGUAUAUACGCCCCAAAAGUUUCAAAAAAAUUAAAUCAACGUCCUAUUUCCCAGAUGCGCAAGUGUAUUUAUUACGUGAAAAUCGUUUUUCCAAAAAUGUUACAAUUUUUUUUGUUCAUUUUUAGCAUUUGACUUUAUCGUUCUUUGUAAAACUAUUAUUAUUAUUAUAAUUAUAAUUUUUUAAGCAUUUAAAAGUAUAUGUAUUAGAUUUUAUUGAUUUUAAUAUAAUAUAUUCUUACUCAUGAUAAAUUUUAUUUUAUAUACGUGUCUCUAUAUUUUAUGAAAAUUAAAAGUAGCAAUAGUGUAAUGCACUAAUAUAUUUACAAUAACAUUUAAUAUUAUAUAUAGGUACCUAAUAUAUAUAUAUAUAUUAUAUACGUUAAACUAGUGUUAUGUCGCUAAACUCUUAAAAAAAAUAUAAAUUGUGAAUUUACUAUAAUUAUAUGCAUGAUGUUAAAAGUCAAAACCUUAAACCAUACUAUAUAUUAGUUUUCACAUGUGAAAAUUGAUUUUACAAUAAUUCAUAUUUUCAUAACGAAAACAAAUGUUUAUAUAGAGAAAGAAAUCACUAAUAAAUGUUUAAUUGAUAAA